GCCCAUCUGCAUCCGGUCUGGAACAAUACGGUGAAAACAGCUUCGAGGCAAGAUGGCGCAAGGUAAACAGAAGUUCAAAGCGCAACCCGGUGGAGCCAAGAAACCUCAAAAAAUCAAAGGUCCCAGAAAAGGAGGGAGGACGAUUGCACCAAAGAAGGUGAAAGUGGUACAGCAACAGCAGUUGAAGAAGGGCCUGGAGGUGGCGAUCAGGAACAAGAUAGAGGAAGAGGUGACUCACAGAGCCAGUACUAAACUCCACAAGAGGCUGAGUGUUGUGAAGGGAGCGGAGGUGAAACCAACCCCCUCUAAAGGAAACAAUCAUCCCAGCCACCCUGCACCCAGCACCUCCAAAUAAACACACUCUGUUAGUCUGUCUGCUCUGACUGGUUUCGCUGUGCUAGAUAGAAGUUAAUUAUGGCUCCCAAAUGGCACCCUAUUCCCUAUAUAGUGUUGUACUUUUUGAACGGGGGCCCAUACGGCUCUAAAGUAGUGCACUGUCUAAAGUAGUGCACUGUAUAUUGAGUAGGGUGGCAUUUGGAACGCAUACAAUGUGUUUGGCACUACUGCUAGGUGAAUGGACUGACAUGAAGUCAUAUACCUCUAUUGACGGCUGAGGAGUGUAAUAUCCAAGUCUCCAAUAGAUGGUGCUAUAGUAGUCAGUUUUGGUGAGUUUACUGGUAGACUUGGCUGCUUGCUAUCGCCUCGAGGAGACAAGGAAAGGAGACGAGGAACGUGAGGAUGCCACAGAAGAAUAUUGAGAUGCACCCUAGAUAGUCAACGGUCUACAUUUGUGAUCUCUGUCGUGUAUAUUGAAGGGGCCAUCGAGCAUUUUUUGUGUGAUUCUUGUCUUGUGUUGCACUGUCUUCAGAACUGAGACACUAGUUUCUCCCAUAUACUGUAUUCCAAUGCAAAGGGCGUGAAUAAAAGCUGUGGACAUUU